AUGCAGUUGAUUAAUGUUGAUGAUCAGUGGAAACAUAAAAAUGGUGACGUCUUGACAAUUUCAUUUCAAUCUGUUGCUUGUCGUGACAUAAUUUCUUGUAUGAUUGAAAGAAUUAUUUUGACACAAUGUGUUUGUGGUCAGACUAUCAAAUUACAUAAAACCAUUGAAUGUAGUUACAGAACAACAAAUAUUUGCUUGACAAGACAAUUUCUUCCCUUGAUUUCUUUAGAAAAAUGUGUGGAUAAUAUUAAUAUCCAAGCUUUCCUGUUCCCAGCGAAGGUCUGUCAUCUUAAGAAUGGAAUUCUGCUGGUUCCAUCAUAA